AUGUCAAUAAGUUUUAGUGAAAUUCCAUAGGUCAUUACUGUUGAAGAUUCUCCAAAAGGUAGAGACAGUUCGUCAAAUAUUAAAAGUGAUAGUAUUAAAGUUAAGGUUCCUACAUUACAAGAAAAGCUUUAAAACAAAUUAAAAAAUGAAGAGAAUCGCAUAAAUGAGCAAAGCAAAAAGUUGCUUGAACAGCUAGAAUAAAAUAAAAGAAAUUUCCAACUUGAGCAAAUCAAACUGCACAAAACACUUAUCAAAUAAAAAAAAUAAGAAAAUUAUCAAUUGUUAAAAUCUAUGAGCGAUGGACAACCUAAGCAUCCACACGAUUUUAAGAAGGCUAACAAAGAAUUAGAAGUUUUCAAGGAAAGAGGAUUUUUGCUGCCAACAAUCGAAGAGGCUAGAUAAGAAUAACAGCUAGAAAAACAAAAAGAGAAGUUUAGAUAAACGUAUCUCAAAGCAAAGGCAGUUUCUUAAAUAGAAAUUCCAUUUUUCCCUACAACUUAAAUCCCUAAAUUCUUUGAUAACAUCCAUUUAAUGAAAAGUGCUGAAGAAGGUUAAUAAGUAAGCAGCUAAUAUCCUACUGCAUAAAAGAAGCUUGGCUUAUUAGUAUCUAGCAAUAAUAUUAAAAGUUUAUAAAAUAUUCACAUUUCAAACGAUAAUUAAAGAAGCCCUGAAAAAUCAGUUAACAAAGGUUCUCUAAUGUAGCAAUCUCAAAUAGAAAUGUAUCAUUUAAAGCCAACAUCAGCUAAUAAUUUAGCACUAUUCUAAUAACAACUGCAUUAGUAAAAUGAAGAAAUAUCACAAUAUAAAAAUGCAAAGAGUAUGAACAGUAUUUCAUCUUUAAGAAGAAAUCAAUAUUCGAUGUCAAAUCUUAGCACAGAAGCUGGAAGCUAGUAGAAAAAUAAGUAAUGGAUAAAUGCUUAUCAUUAAAAAGAGAUAUUUAGUCGCCCUCUUUAUAACAAUUUAGACAUAAAACUAUAAGGAAACAAUCCUCAUUUUAAACCUUUUAAACCAACGAAAACUUAAGGUUAUGAUUUCAAUAAAUACAUAUCACUAGAAGCUGGUGAAAGAGAUAGCAAAUCAGCAAACUUAAAGAAACUUUAAGAUAUAUAAGCAAUAAAUUUCGAAGAUGAGCCAUUUGAAAUUAAGCCUCCUUCAUAGUUCAACUCUUUAACUAGAAUUGAUAACUAUUGA